CGCUCUGGAGAGAAGGGUCAGACAGCUUGGGAGUUUCUUUUUUUUUUACACAGAGAUGACCCACAACUCUUGGGAUACUUAGUGUUUUUUGGAAAUUUUCAAAAGGGAUCCUACAUGUUCGUCUGUUUUUUGUGUUUGGGCGUAAGCUGAGAGCUGCGUGUCUAACAGGACUGUUUACCAUGUGUUACCUCUAGUGUCUAGAAGUGUGUGUGUGUGUGUGUGUGUUUGGGAUGGCAGAGUGGGGCUGUUGCAGCCAACAGCACUGCUCUUAGCUCUAUGCCAUGGGGGGUUGCCAUAGUUACCCCUCAGCUACGGAGGCAGACACCACAACUCUUCAGCCCUCUGACAUAAGCAAUAAAAAACUGGGAAUUAAUAACAAUAAUCUGGAGGAGCGUCCAUAUCUCCAGCAGCAGUAUGUGUGCCAGCGCAUCACACACACAGACAUGUCUGCCCUCACAGCCCUGCCGCCCGGCUUCGACCAGGCAGAGUGGCUCGCCAGUAACACGGUGGCGUUUUUCAAGCAUAUUAACCUGCUCUCCAGUGCGCUGUCUGAGUUCUGCACCCCCAGCACCUGCCCUACUGCCUGUGGACCAGGCAACAUAGUUUAUGUUUGGACGGACGAUCAGGGCAAGAAGCUGAAGUGCUCUGCUCCACUUUAUUUCGACUAUGCCUUGUCAUACAUUCAGGACCUGUUGACUGAUGAAGAUGUGUUCCCCACCAAAGCAGGUUCAGUGUUUCCCGCUGGCUUCGUCUUUCUGGUCCAGAAGGUGUUUCUGCUGUUGUUCAGGACUCUGGCUCACAUUUACUGGUCUCACUACAGAGAAACACUGGCGCUGGGCCUGCACCCGCACCUCAACACGCUCUUCACACACCUCACACACUUCUGCCAGCAGCAUUCACUACUGGAGCCAGAGGACACCGAGCCGCUGCAGGACCUCAUCACAGCUCUGGGACAGUACAGCUGAAAGAGCAAACACAGAUUAUUGUGCUCAUACACACAUUAAAAAAAAAAAAUGUAACCCUCACAUCGCAUAUCAUUUACUCUCUGUUUAGCCAGUAAUAUAGUUCACCCCUCUGGAUAAAGUCCUCAUU